AAUUUCAGGAGUGAAUGGGGAAAAGAUGGAGUGAAAGAGGAAAUGAAAGGUGUCAGUUGAAGAGCAGUGGGUAUAGCAUUCCCAUGUUUAUCGAGAAUAAGUAUAACAGAAAUCAAAAUUUUUUUUCAUGUUAUGCGAUUCCCAUUUCAGGAUUUCCACCCAAUACUUUGCUUUGCUUCCUCAAGGCUUAAAUCCCAUAUUCUCUUCUUUAUCUCUGCCGCCUCUUUUUGCGGGGUUUCUCUCACACUCCAAGAGCUCUCUGGGUUGAGAUUUUCCGAGAAAAACAGGGUCUCAUCUGGUUCAGAUUCACUGCAGCAAUUUCUUUUGCACAUGCUUGUAAUGUAUGUUUCCUUAAUUGAGUAGAAACUAUACAUAAGAGCCAUGCAAAAGGACAACACUACCAGCGCCCUGCCAACACCUGCUGCACGUGUUCGGCAGCGUAAACGCUCAAAUGAGGUUCCUCCAGAGGCUAGUAAAGCAAAUGGAAACCAUCUUCUUGCUGAUGAUCGGAACAAAUACAGGUCUAUGUGGAUCCGAGCACGCUCAACAGUCUGGAUGAUUGGGGGAUUUGCAUUAAUCAUCUACAUGGGUCAUCUCUACAUUUGGGCCAUGGUGGUUGUCAUCCAAAUCUUUAUGGCAAGAGAGCUGUUCUGUCUACUCAGGAAAACUCAUGAAGACAGUCAUCUCCCAGGUUUCAGGCUAUUAAAUUGGCACUUUUUCUUCACAGCAAUGCUAUUUGUAUAUGGCCGCAUUCUCAGUCAACGGCUGGUCAAUACAGUAACUCCUGACAAAUUCUUAUAUAAGCUUGUGGGCAACCUUAUCAAGUAUCAUAUGGUUACUUGUUAUUUCUUGUACAUUGCAGGUUUUAUGUGGUUUAUUCUUACGUUAAAGAAGAAGAUGUACAAGUAUCAAUUUGGCCAGUAUGCAUGGACACACAUGAUUCUAAUUGUGGUGUUUACCCAGUCUGCCUUCACCGUGGCCAACAUUUUUGAAGGAAUUUUCUGGUUUCUUCUUCCAGCAUCACUUAUUGUUAUCAAUGAUAUUGCUGCUUAUAUCUUUGGUUUCUUCUUUGGAAGAACACCUUUGAUUAAGUUAUCUCCAAAAAAAACUUGGGAAGGUUUCAUUGGGGCAUCUAUUGCAACUAUCAUCUCUGCAUUUGUGCUUGCAAAUAUCAUGGGUCGUUUUCAGUGGCUAACAUGUCCAAGGAAGGAUUUAUCAACUGGUUGGCUUCAUUGUGAUCCUGGUCCGUUGUUUAAGCCAGAGUAUUUCGAUUUAUCAGGAUGGGUUCCUAGAUGGUUUCCUUGGAAGGAGGUCUCCAUUUUACCAGUUCAGUGGCAUGCUUUAUGUGUCGGUUUGUUUGCAUCAAUAAUAGCACCUUUUGGAGGAUUUUUUGCAAGUGGCUUUAAAAGAGCUUUUAAGAUCAAGGACUUUGGCGAUAGUAUUCCUGGACACGGUGGAAUUACUGAUAGAAUGGAUUGUCAGAUGGUGAUGGCGGUUUUUGCAUACACUUAUCAUCAGUCAUUUGUUAUGGCUCAAAGCUGCUCGGUUGAGAUGAUUCUGGAACAGAUAUUGAUGAACCUUACCUUUGAGGAGCAGCAAGAUCUGUACGUUAAGCUAGGGCAAAUGUUCCGGGAGAGGCAGUUCAGACAAUCUUAAAUCCUCCAGCAUAUUCGUUACAUGGUGGCUGAUCCCCGAAAGAAAAAGAAAAAGUUUAGUUCUGUACAUGGUAUUGUAUUUCUUCGGUCAUUCCAUUCAAAUAUGUUGCUGAAGGUGUUGUUCUUUGGUGCACGCACUCUGUACAGUGCUUGUUAGCCAUUUAAUAUACAUAAAAUUUUUAGCCAUCUCUCACUUAGAUGGUGAUUCAUGGGACAGAUCUGUUCUUGGGUUCUGUUCUGUUCUUCAUACUGUUUGAUAUUUUUGUGACCAAUUCUGGAGAAAAUAACAGGUUUUUAGGGUUGUGA